AUGUGGUCCAUUUCUUGGCUGUAUGUCCUAGAGGCCGUUGUCAUAGUAGCAGGAAACUUCAUCACCAUCGUGGUAUUCACAAUUACUCCUCGUCUGCGACGUCGACAGUAUGUACUCAUGAUCAGCCUGGCUGUAGCUGAUCUGUUUGUAGGUCUGAYAGUCCCUUUUCACGUUGGUACUAUGAGUGAUGCAAAAAAGGGACUGCUGACGCMGUACGUUUUCUGGWAUGUCGCUCUUGAUGCCUUCUCAGGUGUAGCCUCUUUAUUUGGUUUGGCAGCGUUGGCCAUUGAACGAGCACAUGCAACAUACUUUCCAUUCAGACACUCCACAUUAGGUAAAGGACCGUACAUCUUUGGAACUGUGGUGGUGUGGACGUYAUCAUUUCUUGUUGGUUUAAGUUGCACAGAGGUGCAUAUUGGCCUAAUUGCCAAGGCCAUCACCCUGACAACCUCACUGGCAAUCAUUUCUGUUUCAUAUUUUAUGAUCUUUGUCGAAAUAACUUGCAACUCAGCGGUCAUACCCAAUAACGAGCCAAUACAACAAAGCAAUAGAAAGCUAACGGUGACUCUUUGUAUAGUGACAUUUGUAAGUCUGAUAGCAUGGCUGCCAUACCAAGCGAUCGUCAUCUAUGUAGCAACAUCUGGGGUGUUACCAACGACAUCAAYCUUUCAUGCUUUGYGGAAUACAACCAAAUUAUUACAUUACGGCAAUUCCUUCGCAAAUUUUAUAGUUUAURCUUUCCGUAUGCGKGAAUUCAAAGCGGAAAUSUUACGAAGAAUCCCAUGCUUACGUAAACUAAACCGAGUGGCGGCGGARCAAGAKAACGGGAACCCUGUGGAAGGUGYUGUCAUUGAAGAAAAAACAGCCAAAACCGWACAUCACAAUUGA